AUGAACAAUCCAAGUAAUAAUAAUAGCAAUAGUACGGUUUCGCACCUUUCUAGCGCACUGCGUCAGGUCAAUCUGGGGAAUAGUAAUACUACUACCGAUCAAAGUAACAUAAAUUUUGAACUAUCACAAGGAAAUAAUAGGAAUAACGAUAAUGUGAACAUUAACCAGGGAGUGCAUGGCGCCGCUCCAGCACACAUUCAAGCACAUGCACAGCAGGAACAGCAACGGCAGAGGCUGCAAGAACAGCAGCAGAUCUUACAGCAAGCACAACAACAACAAGUGUUUUCAAACAUGGGACCAGUGGAUAAUUCAAGAAUAAGGAAAUUCUUUCAAAACCAACCAAUGGAAGGGUAUACAUUAUUUUCUCAUAGAUCAGCCCCUAACGGGUUCAAGGUGGCCAUUGUGCUGAGUGAACUUGGAUUACCUUACAAUACUUUCUUCUUAGACUUCAAUAUCGGUGAACAUAGAGCUCCAGAAUUCAUCUCAGUGAAUCCAAAUGCCAGAGUACCAGCACUUAUCGACCAUAACAUGGAUAAUCUUUCUAUAUGGGAAUCUGGUGCCAUACUCCUUCAUCUGGUAAACAAAUAUUAUAAAGAGACCGGUGAGCCACUACUUUGGUCCGAUAACCUUGCUGACCAAAGUCAGAUCAGCGCCUGGUUAUUUUUUCAAACUUCUGGACAUGCGCCAAUGAUAGGUCAGGCUUUGCAUUUUAGAUACUUUCACUCCCAAAAAAUUGCCAGUGCAGUAGAAAGGUACACUGAUGAAGUUAGGCGAGUUUAUGGUGUUGUAGAGAUGGCUUUAGCCGAGAGAAGAGAAGCUUUGAUCAUGGAGUUGGAUACCGAAAAUGCUGCGGCAUACUCUGCCGGUACAACGCCACUUUCAAACAGUAGAUUCUUCGAUUAUCCCGUAUGGCUAGUAGGAGAUAGAAUCUCUGUCGCCGAUUUAGCAUUUGUUCCAUGGAAUAAUGUCGUUGACAGAAUCGGAAUCAACAUUAAGGUUGAAUUCCCCGAGGUUUAUAAAUGGACAAAGCAAAUGAUGAGGAGGCCAGCCGUGAUCAAAGCCUUGCGUGGAGAGUAG